CACCUCUGCAUAUGUUGAGAUAGGCUUGAAUGUUGAUUGGAUUCAUUAAUCAAGUCCCGCUAACACAAUCAUGGCUGGUUCGGACUCCGCAGUAGAACAGACUGAGAAGUCUCUAGUCCAGACAGCUAGAGCAUGGGGAGAGAAUGCAUUCCCACCCACUCUACUGGCCUCUCUUAUCACAGCACAGCACAUGCGCCCAUUCCAGCCACUGCCCAUGCUCUUCCCUCCGAUUCUCCUCUUCACUAGCUAUGCCAACCUUCAAGGCUUCAAAACCGACACAGCGGGUAUCAGCGCCGCCUGGUCUGGGCUCUACCUUCUGCUUGCGGGGCGGCGAAAGCAGCCGUUCAUGAAGAAAUGGGGCGCUCGGGGCAUUGUGCGCGGCGUGACUAUGGGUCUCUGCUUGGUCAACAUGGUCAGUGGUGGACUUGCCUACACCCUGGGCAAGCGGGAAAACGAUGAAGAAUAAGAGAUAUGGCUAUGAUUUCAUAGAUUGGACCGAUUAUGCACGGCAUGAACCUUCCAAGGUUCGUGUACGACAGUUUCCGCCAAACGUGGAUUAGGCGUCGCUUUGGGCAUGGUGUUCUGGUCGUCGUUGGGAUAAAAGCAAAUCAUUUCCGGCAGGCGGACCACUGUAUGUGAUGUCUAUGUGUACAGUAUGCAUUUACAAUUGUUGCGACCGGCUACCUCUGAGCCUUGCGGCAGUGGUUCUGCGCGCGACCCAGUCAGGCUCUGUCGAUUAGUUCGAGUAUAGUCGUUCAGACAUAAUCAUCUCCUGUAUGC